ACCGGUUUGACGGUGAAGUUGCGGGAAGUUUCCAAAAUGGCAUCCCCUCGUGUCACGUACGCCGCAACAGGGAAGGAGUGUUGUCCCAGCUGCAGCACAACUAUGGCACGGAAUAUCAUAUUGAUGGCAUUUUUCCCUUUCAUCAUAGCGACAGAGACAACAGUGUAUAACAGACCAAAGGAAACUUUCGCUUCUCUGUACUCAACGGGUGUUGAAGCUUACAAUGAUCAGACCUGGUUCUUGUGUGCGAGUUCCUUGGAGAACGCAAUUAAAGAUUAUAGAUUUUAUAAAGAUACCGUGAUUGACUGUCGGAUUCAGUGCAAAAAGAGCACAACAAUUCGAGAAGUCACACCAGAAAUGGUGGAAUUUUCUGUUUUUGAGAGAAUGAUAGAAAAUUCCGAUUGUAUAAGAAGAUGCAAAAGGGAUAAGUUCGGCGAGAAAGUCUACCCAGACCCACGGGAUAGGAUAUUUACAACAUUCCAGGGGAGAAAACCAUACGAAUACUUGCAGUUUUGUUGGUUUCAGCUUGACCGCCUCCAGGAUGCUGCAUCAGCUGCCUACACAUUCUACCUGACCAACCCGGACCAUGAGGACAUGGUCAGCAACAUUCGCUACUACAAGGAUAAGGCUGGCAUCCAUGAGAAUGACUUCCUUGAUCUUGAACUCAAACCAUAUAAGGAAGCUUAUGUCAGAGGGUUGAUGGCCUACAACAGCGAUGACUGGGAAGGGGUUAAAACCAACAUGGAGCUGGCCAUCACUGAGUUUUACCAUGAGGAGGAAAGGUGUCGUGCAGAGUGUGAAAACAUCUACGAAUCUGCUCGACCCCUGGAGUUUGUCAGUGCUGUGGCAGACCACUAUCUGUCUGUGUUGGAGUGUCAACACAGCUGUGAAAGGAAACUGAGCAGAAUAUUCACUGAGGAAAUUGGAGACUACGUGGCUGACCACUUUCACUACCUACAGUUUGCCUACUACAAGUUGAAGAAUGAUGAUAAGUCCAUGGAGGCUGCAGCAACUUUCCUCCUGUUUCAACCUGGUGAUGAGACGAUGCAGAGGAACAAAGGCUUCUACCUACAGAAAGGGUAUGCAGAGAAGGACUUCAAGCUGAGAGAACAAGCCGUUAUUUAUCUGGAUAGGAAACAUCAGAUGGAGAGGAUACUUGACUUUUCACAAACAAAUUAUUUGAAAGAUACAAGCGACUUGGUGAAGCCUCUGGAUGAGGAAAGUGAAGUAAAGGCAACAAAUGAAGAGAAGCAAAGCGGCUACUGGAUGAAACAGUAUGAGAGAAUUGGGCUGAAGCUUGUUUCCCAUGGAGACCAACUGAAAGGGGAAAAGAGGUUUGCAGCUGAUGGCUUCUUGAGGAAAGAGCAGUGCUUUGAAAUUAUCAGUCUAGUCCAUGAUAAGAAAGCAAAUCAGUAUGGAGCCAAAGUGGUGACAAUGACUGAUGCCGUACAGAUGCUGGAAAAAGAAGAUUUGAAUAGUGAGGUCUCAUUACGUCUCCUGCUUCGUAUUGCUGAGACAACUCGCCACUAUUUAAUGAAGUAUUACAGUUUGACAAGGCUGUUCUUCAAACAUACAUCUGUAGUCUGUUGGGGUCCUGAGACAGGACUUGAUGCAUCUUCCUUUGAAGGCUGUAUACCCCAGGAGGAUGGAUCAUGUAUAGAAGAACUGCCGUCCAACAUCGGUGAUGAGGAAUACAUUGGAGUGACAUACCUCUCUGAUAUCCCUGCUGAUGAAGGAUCAAACAUAUACUUCAUGUCACCUGACAAGAAAACCGAGAGCAAAGUUGGUAUGAAGUGUGGGAGGCUGGUUGCAUUUGAGAGCAGUGACCAUCAUGGUGUUAGCAUCCCGUACAGUGAGCAGCGAUGUGCGUUGGUCAUCCGGUACACCACAGAUCCCACCAAGGAUGACCAAGCCUAUAUUGAGACCAUCAAGACCCUGCACAAUAUGGAUGUUAAAUACCUGAGGAGUGACAGUAACACUCAACAGCACACCUUAGAAGAUUUGAAAAAAAGUGGGAUAUCUAUAACCAAGGACGGUGCUGACAUGAAGGGAGGGGAGCGAGUGAUGGCCGACGGGCUAGCCAAGGAUGAAGAGUGCCAGACCUUGACCAACCUGGUCCUGACGGGUGCUUUAGUCGGUGAUGGGUACGAGCAUCUUCCCACUAAGCCAUCAGUUAUCUCCCCUCACACAGAGCAUGAGAUGUUCCAGGGCCUCACAGUUUACCGUGCAGCCAAGUUGGCCAACUCGGAGAAGGUGAGCUACGCUGCCGUGGAGCUUUUUGUGGACCUGAGUGAGCGCAGUCGUCUGUUCACAGAGAAAUACUUCAAUGUGACAAAGCCUCUGUACUUUGACUUCACACACCUUGUUUGUCGGUCAGCCAUCGAUGACAGUAACCUUGACCGCUCGGACCUGAGUCACCCUGUCCAUGCGGACAACUGUAUGCUAAAGCCUGAUGGUUCCUGUCCCAAGGAGUUUCCUGCUUAUAUUCAGAGGGAUUAUAGUGCAAUUCUCUACUUAAACCAUGAGUUUGAGGGUGGUGAGUUUUUCUUUGCUCACAAGAAUAAAUCUGCACAGGUGAAUGUCAGUCCCAAGUGUGGGCGGCUUGUCAGCUUUAAUGCUGGUGAGUUUCAUGGGGUUAAGGCUGUUGUCAAGGGCACCAGAUGUGCCUUAGCAUUGUGGUUCACAACCAACCCACAGUUUAAGGAACUCGCACAUCUACAAGCUCUCAAGAUUCUGGCCACAAAGCGGAAGGAGAGAGAACAAAAGAACCAGAAAGAAUUCUCCAAGACUGAAUUAUAGCCAAUAAUUAUUUCCAGUUAUUUAAAAUAAUGAUGAUUGUUCAAAUGUUCACAGGUUAUUAUUUAUGGAAGUCAUUCAUCUGAAGGCUCAUAUAAUACUGAACAUGUUUGAAAGACAUUCACAUUGUGUCUCGUCAUUCAACUGUACAAACCACCAUGUUUCAGUGUCUGUACUAUAUAUCAGGCAUUGAAUUUCAUUCACCAUUCAACUACAUGUGGACAUAGAUUCUUAAACUAUCAGGUGAUGAUGUAUUACCCAGUUAUCUAAGAUUGUUACUGUCUGAGAGGUUUGGUCCUCACCACCCACAUUGAUAGAAA